AUGCAGCUUGGUCAUAGUCAGCAAUUGUUUGUUCAGAGGGUGCGCGAGGCGUUGGAGAGGCAUGAGGCUCAGCUUGGGGACAUCAAUCAGAAGAUCUGGUCGAAGCCUGAGUUGGCAUUCAAGGAGCACAGCGCCCAUGACAAUAUCUGCGAGCUUUUCGAUAACCUCUCCGCGGAUGGAUACCAGGUCAAGCGUCAGGCAUACGGUGUUACAACCGCGCUUGAGGUGAGCUAUACGCGGGGCAAGGGAGGCCGAGUCGUCGCAUUCAAUGCCGAAUAUGACGCAUUGCCUGGUAUGGGGCAUGCAUGUGGCCACAAUUUAAUUGCGACGAGUUCCAUUGCCGCUUUUCUGGCUACUUGUGAAGCAAUGUCGGCUCUAUACUCUGAUGACAUUGGAUUCACUGCACGUCUCUUGGGUACUCCCGCCGAAGAAGGCGGAGGCGGAAAGCUCCAUCUUAUUGAUGCAGGAGCCUAUAAGGAUGUCGACGCUUGCUUCAUGGUGCAUCCAUUCCCUGUUCUCUCUGGGGCUCCCAACCUUCUCAGCUCGAGUUCCUGCACCGGGCAGUAUCUGGCAAACGAUAAAGUCUCGGUCACCUUCACCGGAAAGCCCGCACAUGCAUCAGCUGCGCCUUGGGAAGGAGUCAAUGCUCUGGAUGCAGUUGUCGCCGCCUACGUCAACAUCUCUAUGCUUCGACAGCAGAUUCUGCCCACGCAGAAGAUUCACGGUGUUGUGUUAAGAGGAGGCGAGCGACCGAACGUUAUCCCAGCGUCCACAACGGUGGAGUAUUACAUUCGAUCAAAGACCGUUAGCACAUUGAAGCCAUUGACAGAUCGGGUCCUCAGAUGUUUCGAGGCUGCCGCGACUGCAACUGGCUGCACGGUCGAGUAUGAAUGGGAGCCUUCAUACAAGGAUAUGAAGGAUAACCAUUCCAUCUGCAACAGCUAUUCUGCUGUAAUGAACGCAAUGGGCCACAGUACAAUCGUUGAUGCUGCCGGUCAGCAGGGCGGGCUUAGUGGAGGAUCUACAGACAUGGGCAAUGUUUCCUAUGAAGUUCCCGGCUUCCACGGUGGAUUUUACAUUCAUACCGACGGAGUCAACCACACUCCACAAUUUACUGCCGGCGCAGGCUCCGAAGAAUCGUUCAAGCGGUCUUUGUAUAGUGCGGCCGGAAUGGCAGUGGUCGCUUGUCAAGUACUAGCGGAUGAAACCUUUGCUGCCGGAGUCAAGUCAGAUUUCGAGAAAGAAAAAUAG